AUGUCCGAAAGUAGAGUCCAAAGCCCAAAAUUAUUAUUAAAGAAACCAGAAAUAGCUGUAACAGAUACAGAAGACGAAAAUCUUUGCCCCCCACCUGCAGGUCCUGUGACAAGGUCGAAAAAGAAAUUACCGACCACUAGUAAAUUAGAAAUAGAUCUUUCCACACUCCUUAAAUUUAUUAAACCGUUUGACGGUGCUAGAGAAACUCUGAACUCAUUUCUGGUUAAUUGUAGCAACGCUUAUGAAUUAGCUUCUGAUCAACAAAAAGAUAUUCUUUUUAAAUAUAUAUUAUGUCAACUACAAGGUAAAGCACAAAACGCGUGUUCAGUAAAAGAAUUCGCCAAUUGGCCACAGCUGAAAGAAUUUCUAAAAAAUCAAUUUAGUGAAAGAAAACACGCCCAUUUACUGACCGACUUACAACAAUGCAAACAGCAAAUAACCGAAACAGUUAGCCAGUACGCGUUAAGAAUAGAAACAUGUCUCUCCCAAUUAUUAACGGAAAUAUCUAUUUCGCAUGGUCAUAAAAGUAGAGAGAUGGUAGGUCGCACUGCAGCAAUGGAGGAGCUAGCCCUCCACCACUUCCAAAUGGGUUUAAUAACCCGCAUUUCAAACGUCGUCUGGUGUAAGUCGCCAAAAACGCUGAACGAAGCGGUAAAUAUUGCCAUUUCCGAGGAAAAAAUACAACAAUUCCUAUUUAAACAAAAUCCAUCUGGGUCACGCCAAGAGAAACCAAAUUUCCCGCGACCCAAUUUCCAAAAUUCACGCCGUGAACUAUAUCAACCACCUCGCGCCGAUUUCAAUCAGUCUAGGCCAAACUAUUAUUAA